AUGGCGAUAAAUAAAGAAUCCCCAGUCAUGUCUUCAGGAAACAAUUCAAAUAACGAUGUCAACGAUAAAUCUAGAGCAGAAUAUAUUAGCGAAGAUCAAGCUCCUUCCACGGAAUACAAAAAAGUCAGUUGGCGCAGUACAUGGGGAUUUGGUCCCGUAACCAUUGGUCCCAGAAUUGGUCCAGUUUUGCCACAUCUUCGUCUAGAUGCCGAUGCAUCAAGUCUCAGCGGUGACAGUGGAAAGGACCUUUUGAGCCAGCAGAUUGAAGCCGAAGCAGGUUCUGCCAUCAAAUAUCGUAGUUGCAGCUGGCAAAAGACUGCGGCUCUUCUUUUCUCAGAAUAUAUCUGUUUAGCAAUUAUGUCCUUCCCAUGGUCUUACUCGGUUUUAGGACUUGUACCAGGUCUCAUUUUGACUGCGGUUGUCGCAUUCUUGGUCCUCUAUACAUCCCUCGUUUUAUGGGAAUUCUGUAUGCGUCAUCCGGAACUUAGAGAUGUUUGUGAUGUUGGACAGAUGCUUUUUGGUGGAAGAUGGGCAUGGCAUGCUACUGCUAUCAUGUUUCUUUUGAAUAAUACCUUUAUUCAGGGUCUUCAUGUUUUGACUACUGCAAAAUACUUGAAUACUAUCACCAAUCACAGUCAAUGUACAGUAGUAUUUGCCGUUGUUGCAGCUGUAAUCUGUUGGGUUUGUUCCGUUCCAAGAACCUUCAGCGCUCUAUCAUGGUUGGCCACAUUAUCCGCAAUUUUCACCUUCAUCUCCGUUAUGCUCGCUACCAUUUUUGCCGGAAUCGAACCUCAUCCUCUCGGCUACAACCCCGAUCCUAACUCCAUCAUCGCAGCCACUGGUCUUGCUGGAGGUGCCCCUACCGUUACUGCAGUAAUGCUUAAGGGUACAACAUUUGUAAAUGGUUUCAAUGCCUUCCUCAACAUCUCCUACACAUUCAUUGGUCAAAUUACCAUCCCCUCCUUCAUGGCCGAGAUGAAAAACCCCGCCGAUUUCCCCAAAGCUCUUUGGGCUGUUACCAUUGCCGAAGUCAUUGUUUUCAGUUUGGUCGGUUCAAUUAUUUACGCUUUUACUGGAAACCAAUACAUGUCAGCUCCAGCCUUUGGAUCUUUAGGAAAGAAGUUAUACGUCGAUAUUUCCUUUUCUUUCAUGAUUCCAACGCUCAUUUUCCUCGGAGUUCUCUAUGCUUCCGUCUCUGGCCGCUUCCUUAUCAACCGUGUCUUCCAUAACAACAAGAGACAUCUUCAUGAAAAUACCAUGAAAGGCUGGGUAGUCUGGAUUGCCAUCUUGGCUGCAACUUGGGUUGGUGCCUUCAUUAUCGCCGAAGUUAUUCCGUUCUUCUCCGAUCUUCUAUCUUUGAUGUCCUCCCUCUUCGAUUCCUUUUUUGGUUUUAUUUUCUGGGGUGUAGCAUAUAUUAGAAUGAGACGUGUAGAUCAUGGAGCGGGAUGGAUCAGCAAGACGAGUAAGCUUGGAUUGAGUUUCAAUAUAUUGAUUAUAUUGAUUGGGUUAUUGUUUUUGACAGCAGGAACUUAUACGAGUGUUCAGAGUAUUGUGGAUGGGUAUAAUGCUGGAUCAUUCGGGGGUGCGUUUACUUGUGCUAGUAAUGGUAUUUAA